UGACUACUGUAAGAGCGUUUAUAGGAAAUUUUUCCUGUGCGUCCCCCUUUUUCCUUUUGUUUGACAAGUAAAAAUAGAUAAAUCAAAAUGUCUAUAAAGAGUUUUCUUUUUGUAAAAAAAUUAAUUGAAAUCUUUCCAUAUAUCUUCUAUUAUUUGAGUCAUUCAUACUAUGUAAUACGAUGGUACAGAGUGAAAAAAUAUUGAUGAUGAAAAAAAUGAAUGAUUGAACAUGAAUAAAAAAAUUGGAGCGAUGAAAAUGAAAUCUGAAUUGAUUCGGCAUGGAACGACUCGUGAAUCUACGUGUAUCGUAGACCCUUCGAGAGUCAGGAGAUGCGCGCGCGCACAAACGUAGCACAUUAUCUGGGGGAUGAAUAAAAAUGGUGGUUGCUGUCGAGCGUGAUUGACCGAAGGGUUGGAAAGUAGAAAUAUAAAUAAGAGUAGUCUGAUAAAGGGGAGAGAAGAAGAGUUCGUGAUAGAAAAAGGGUGAUGGAAAAGAGUGUACAAUGAAAAACGAAAAGGUGACAUAAAACAAUGCGAGUUAAGCUCGUACGAAUUUCAUUAAUUCUCGCACUUGUUGGUAACAUUAUUGUAUGGCACAAAAUAUGGUGGUUUUACACGUUGAAUCGUGCCGGCACAGAAAAAAGGGCAGGUUCAAGUACGAGCACUCAAACUCCAACGAAACUUCAUCGACGCUUGUCUAAACUGGUUACAAUUGUCAUACGACAAUUUGAGACUUUCGAGAACGAUGUCACCUCCACCGUCGAUUCCGUGCUUAAUUCAUUUCCCACAAUGCCCAUACUGAUAGUAUGCAACGAAUUGCCUUAUCCACCGCUUGAAUUAAAUUUCUCCAAUGACAGCCUCCGUAACGUCAAACUGGUUAAUCUUCAAACUGAUUUUAACAAAUCUUUUGAAGAACGUAAUCCACUAUUUUACGUUAGAACAAAAUUCGUCAUGUUUUUGCCUGAUGCUACAAGGCUCUCGACCAAACAAGUCAUGCAGGAAACGGUGAACGGUGCUACGCGACAUGGUGCGGUAACAGUCCCAAUCGGUAAAAGCCAAUUGACCUGUUAUAAUCUUAAGCUACGCGUCAAAGAAUGGAGCCUGCGUUUUGUAAAUAUUCCAGCGGGGACUGAAUGCGAUUCAGUCGUUGGACGACACGUAACGAUGAUGGAAUCCAAAAUAUUGAGAAAAUUGUCCGAUCCGUUUCUUCUUCCGUUCACGGAUUCGCUUUACCUUCAGACCAUAGCAGUGGGCGUUAAACAGGUUUACAUCCUGAAAAAUUAUCAAUUCAAUGAGGGAAAACCAUUGUUCCGUAGUCAACAGGCUCAGUGGAAGAUCCAACAACUACAUUCGAAGCGCGAGAGGGCAAUGUUCGAAAAGUUUGGAAUAAAAAAAGUAACGAGAGCAGGAAACAGCGUCGAGUGGUACGGCUGUUCGAGAGAGACGCCGCGGUGUUUUGGUUCUGUGAUAAACGGCAUACCAUCUUAUCUUCAUCAAAAUCGUUAUACGCCACCGUGUUGUUUAGCUGGUUUGAGAAAAGUCGCCCAUCACGUUUUCGAAAAGCUCGAAGAAUUCGGAAUUCGUUUUUGGCUCGAGGGAAGUUCUUUGCUCGGUGCGAUGAGAAACGGUGAUUUACUACCUUGGGACCAUCAAAUCGACAUCGGCGUUAAUCGUGAUGAUCUUGAUCGAUCCCCUUGGCUGGUAAAAGCUCGAAACAAACCGAUAAUCGAUCACCAUGGCUUCGUGUGGGAAAAAGCUACCGAAGGCCAAUUUUUCAAAGUUCAGUACUCCAAAGUAAAUCGUCUUCACGUUAAUAUCCUGCCAUUUUAUUCAAAAAAUGGCACCAUGACCAGGGACUCGUGGUUUUUAAAAAAUUGCGAUUUUCCCGAACAAUUUUUGCAUCCCAUGUCGAGUAUUGAAUUCGCUGGUAGGCAAGUGCCUAGUCCUAAUAAUAUUAGAGACUUUUUGGAAAUCAAGUAUUACACCGGUGUUAUUGAAAAUCCUCAAAUACCUCGUUAAAUUUAUGAUUUUUUGGAUUUUCAAUUUUUAAUUGGUUCUAAAUUGCACAAAUUCAUUUUAAUUACAAUCUUAGCUGUUUGAAUAUAUUUUUUUAUAUUUCAAACUAUUAUCAUGGCUACAUCGUCGACAUUUCAUUUUUCUUUCGUAUAGAUCAUUACGUAUUUCUUUCAUAUUGAUCGAAAAAGGUGCUUUGUUGAUGAACUAGUAGCUUCAUCAAUCGAUGAAUGCAUUAUUAUUUUUUUGCCGAAGGAAUAACUAGUCUUAAGCAAUUUCGUUUUCCUCACAAGGGAUUGAGAGAGUGAUUAAGUGAUAAACGAAUAUAAUAUGGCUGGAAGAAGAACGACAUUACAAGACGUUAGACAAACACGGUGCCAAAAAAUGUUCACUAAUUCGUAUUUUCGCUUUCUCCUCUAUCGCUUGUUUGCAAGCAGUCGAAGUGAAUUGCUCUUAUUGCUAUAAAAUAGUUCGUUGCUACAAUUCAAUGAGUUAACAAAAACAACAAAAAACUUUUCUAGAUGGGACUAGAAUUUACUAUUUUGUAUCUUGAACGUAGUUUUUAGGUGUUAGACUUUAUUCUAUUUUUGUAUUAAAUCCAGACUUUGUAACUCGCUGAAGAUAAAGUUACGUCUGAUAGUAUUAUCGAGACCAAAAUGAUGUAAAAUUAUGAUUCGUCAUGGCAAACAUUGCUGGAUAACUAGGGGAUUGUGUCAUUUUUCAUUACUCAUUGGAUGUUCAGAAACUCAUUGUUCAAACUAUCUGUGCCAAUAUUAUUCUCAUUAAGCAAUUUCAAGACUCAUAAUAUACGGUUAUAGGAUUGAAAGGAAAAGGGAAAGAAUCAGUUGACAAAUUUGUUGAAAAUCAUUUAAAAAACGAUACUGAAUUUUUUAGAGUUAUUAACUAAUUUUAAUUGAAUAAACCCUAAAAUGAUGGAAGAAAGAGUAAUUUUGCCCACUUGAUAGGAAAUGUGUCUUUCAAAAGGAGAAUUUGUGGUGUAAGUGAAAUACAAUAAAAAAUUCUUCCGUGCUGUUGCAAAAAA